AUGACAGCGGGUCAUGUAGAGGAGCGCAAUCAAGAUGCUACAGUUUACAUCGGUGGUCUCGACGAAAAAUGCUCUGAAUCAAUUCUUUGGGAACUUUUCCUACAGGCAGGACCGGUAGUUAAUGUUCAUAUGCCUAAAGAUCGUAUAACUAGUCAGCAUCAAGGUUAUGGCUUUGUCGAAUUCCUCAGCGAGGAGGACGCUGAUUAUGCUAUGAAGAUAAUGAACAUGAUUAAGCUCUAUGGUAAACCGAUACGUGUGAAUAAGGCCUCCGCCAACCAGAAAAAUAUCGAUAUCGGCGCUAAUAUCUUUAUUGGAAACCUUGACCCCGAAGUCGAUGAGAAGCUCUUAUAUGACACCUUUAGCGCCUUUGGUGUCAUUUUACAAACUCCAAAGAUAAUGAGAGAUCCAGAAACUGGAAACUCCAAAGGAUUUGCAUUUAUUAAUUUUGCUAGCUUUGAGGCUAGUGAUGCUGCAAUUGAGGCGAUGAAUGGUCAGUACCUUUGCAAUCGAGCCAUCACAAUUUCCUAUGCGUUCAAGAAAGACAGCAAAGGGGAACGGCAUGGGUCCGCCGCCGAAAGGCUCCUUGCAGCUCAAAAUCCCUUAUCGCAGACAUCAUAUUUAUAA